AUGGGCAUCGCGUGCUCGCCCCUCUCGACCUCCGAGAAAGAGAACCCCAGCAUGACGCCGCAGGCUGCGCCGGCGUCGGCGGCGCUCGGGUUCCUCGUCCCGACACGCUGGGAGAUCGAGGUCACCUGCGCCGCCGCGACGGCCCUCGUCCUCCUAAUCGCCGCGCUCUACGCGCUCCUCCGCCCGCGCCGCGCGCCCGCGGCCGCCGACGGCCUCCAGCUCGUCGACAAGGUAAGCAAAUCAACGGCUGCCGGUGCUGCCGCGUGUCUAUCUGUCCAGCUGAAGCUGCUGGCCGCCAAGGAUUUGAUCGCGGCCAACUUGAACGGGACUUCCGACCCGUAUGCGCUCAUCACCUGCGGCCAAGAUAAGCGUUUCAGCUCCAUGGUUCCUGGCUCAAGAAACCCAAUGUGGGGAGAGGAAUUCAAUUUUGUUGUUGACUGCCUUCCUGUAAAGAUAAAGGUGGAAAUAUAUGACUGGGACAUAGUAUGGAAGAGCACAACACUUGGUUCUGUUACUGUUUCAGUCGAGUCCAAGGAGCGGAGUGGACCAGUUUGGCAUACACUUGACGGCUCAUCAGGGCGGGUUUGUCUCCAUAUCAAGGCAAUCAGAGUUAAUGAGAGUUCCUCCAGGGCUCUAAACAACUCUGCUGAGGCUGAUGCUCGUAAAAGGAUGUCCUUAGACAAAGAAGGCCCUACUGUCGUUCACCAAAAGCCAGGUCAUUUACAGACAAUUUUUGGGCUACCUCCAGAUGAGGUUGUUGAACACACUUAUUCAUGUGCACUUGAGAGGUCAUUUCUAUAUCACGGUCGCAUGUAUGUGUCUUUAUGGCACAUUUGCUUCUAUUCAAACAUCUUCUCUAAGCAGAUUAAGGUUGAGCUCCCUUUGAGAGAUAUUGAUGAGAUAACAAAAGGCCAACUUGCAGUUAUUAAUCCUGCAAUUACGAUAUUUCUUCGAACGGGAGCUGGAGGACAUGGAGUUCCUUCCUUAGCAUGCUCUGAUGGAAGAGUUAGAUAUAUAUUUGCAUCGUUUUGGAACAGAAACCACACAGUUAGAGCAUUGGAACAAGCUGUGAAGAACUUCCAUACCAUGAUAGAGGCUGAGAAACAGGAACAUGCUCGAUCUGCAUUACGUGCACUCAGUGGCUCAAGAAACAAUAGCAUGGAGAUAGAUGUUCCAGAAGAAUGUGCUGAUUUAACAGGGCUACCACAACCGUUUGUCAAAGAAGAAGUUCUAGUCUCUGUGUUUGAUGGAACAUUUCCGUGUACUGCAGACCAGUUUUUCAAUAAUCUUAUAAGUGAUGACUCAACUUACACAGCAGAAUAUCGGACAGCUCGUCAGGAUAAAGAUAUCAACCUGGGCCAGUGGCACCUUGCGGACGAGUAUGAUGGUCAGGUGAGAGAACUUAACUGUAAAUCCAUGUGCCACAGUCUGAUGUGCCCUCCAUAUUCAGCAAUAACAGAGUGGCAGCAUACGGUUCUUUCAGCUAACAAAACCGAUCUGGUAUUCGAGACUGUACAGCAAGUACAUGAUGUUCCAUUUGGUUCCUAUUUUGAGAUACACUGUAGAUGGUCUGUGAAAACCAUCGAUUCUAGUUCGUGCAGUGUUGGCAUUAGUGCUGGUGCACAUUUCAAGAAAUGGUGCAUAAUGCAGUCUAAAAUAAAGAGCGGUGCUGUGGACGAGUUAAAGAAGGAAGUUGGAGAAAUGUUAGGGUUUGCGGAGUCGUAUAUGCUAAGAGUUAGCUUCCCUACCCAAGAAGACAACACGGCGCCAGACGCAGAUGAUAUACAUGGUGAUCAGUAG